AUGUAAUGUCACUCGAUGACAGAUACUUUUUAUUUUUUUUUCGAUUGAAAGUUUUAAAUUAAAACAAUGUUACAGAGAUAUAUUUGUAAAUAUUUAAGUGCAAAAUUAUAUAAUAAACAAAAUAAUAUAAUAUUUAACUUAAGAUUUCAAACCUAUUCCUGUAAACAAUGUGAAUUCAGGUCAGAUUGUAGUCAAAAAGUCCCUACAUUACGAAAUACUGAAAGAAGUUUAUUGUAUAAAAAAGAUAAAUUCUUUGUAAAAUUGAGGUAUUCUACCCAAGUGGAUGCCCAAAACAAGAAUGGGAGUAUCGAAACCCUUAAAGAUAAAGCGGAAAUUACGACCUCAAAGAAAAUAAACGUAAAGUUAAAGCCAUCAGAACUAAGAAGACUUCUAACUUUGGCAGAGCCUGAAAAAUGGACUCUUGCUGGUGCUAUUGGUUUUUUAGUAAUAUCAUCUAGUGUGACAAUGGCGGUUCCAUUUUCAUUGGGCAUGGUGUUAGAUAUUAUAUACAGCGGUACAAAUGAUUUAGUGACAGCUAGAGAAAAACUGGACCAAUUGUGCUUAAUGUUAUGUGGGGUUUUUCUUAUCGGCGGUCUUUGCAACUUCGGCAGAGUGUACUUGAUGUCAAUAUCUGGGCAGAGAAUGACACAGGCGCUUCGUAAGCAAGUAUUCUCGUCAAUUAUGCGUCAAGAGACAGCGUGGUUUGGUCGGACGGCGACGGGUGAACUAGUGAAUAGAUUAUCAGCAGAUACACAAUUAGUUGGACGGAAUCUUAGCUCCAAUGUUAGUGAUGGACUAAGAUCUCUGUUCAUGGUCGGAGCGGGAACAGGGAUGAUGUUUUAUAUGUCGCCGUCAUUAGCGUUGAUAGGGCUGUGCGUAGUACCGCCAGUAUCAAUGCUGGCAGUCGUAUACGGUCGAUUUGUUCGGGGCAUCACUAGGCAAUUACAAGACGCACUAGCUGAAACUACCGAGCUUGCCGAAGAGAAGAUUUCGAACAUAAAAACUGUGAAAGCAUUUAGCAAGGAAAAAAAGGAAUGUGAGUCAUACGCGCAGAGAAUUGAGGCCUUACUCAAAUUAGCCUAUAAAGAGUCAUUAGCUGUUGGCAGCUUUUACGGUUUGACGGGUUUAUCUGGUAAUACAAUAAUAAUAUUGGUGCUUUACUAUGGUGGGGGAAUGGUGGCCACAGAACAGAUGACUGUUGGAAAUCUAACAUCUUUUCUAUUAUAUGCAGCUUAUGUUGGUAUAAGUAUCGGUGGAUUGAGUAGUUUCUAUACCGAAUUAAAUAAGGGCAUGGGAGCUGCUUCAAGGCUUUGGGAAAUAAUGGAUCGUGAACCAAAAAUACCAACUUCAGGGGGUCUUAGACCAAAACACAGACCUAAAGGUGAAUUAAUAUUAGAGAAUAUAAAGUAUUCCUACGAAGGAGCACCUUUAAUAAAAGGUUUAAGCUUACAUUUGCUGCCUGGUAAAAGUGUAGCUUUAGUCGGAAGGUCUGGAUGUGGUAAAAGUACAAUAGCAUCCCUUAUAUUGAGGUUAUAUGACCCUGAUAGUGGGAAAAUCUUGUUAGAUGGAGUGGAUAUAAGGCAAUUGGAUCCAGUGUGGCUAAGAAGUCACAUAGGGUUUGUUAGUCAGGAACCGGUUCUUUUUAGUGGAUCUAUAAAAGAAAACAUCUUAUAUGGUGCUAAUGAUGAGGACCAAAUUAUGGAAAAUGGGAAGGACACGGCGUGGCUAGCGGCGGCCCGAGCGGCCCAGCUACAGGAAGUAGCGGCGGGCUCGCAGGGCUGGCAGCGAGAGGUCGGCGCGCGCGGCUCGCAGCUCAGCGGCGGCCAGAAACAGCGCGUCGCCAUCGCUCGCGCCAUUGUCAAGAAUCCAAAAAUCCUCAUACUCGACGAAGCUACCUCAGCACUAGAUACCUAUUCAGAAUACUUAGUCGACAAAGCGCUCAAAGAAAUAAGUAGAGAUAGGACACUUCUAACAAUAGCCCAUAGACUGAGCACCAUACAAUCAGCAGAUGAAGUAGCAGUUAUAGGGGACGGGGUUAUUGUAGAAAAAGGAACGUAUUCCGAACUGAUGGCGAAACCAAACGGUUAUUUCAAAGAACUAAUAAAUCAUCAAAUGUUCACAAAUUCUAAGCCUAAAACUGCAACAAAUUCACAAAACAGUUAAUACAAAAUCUCUUCGAUUUUUUUUUUUUGCGUUAGGGCCUUUUAUCGGAUACACAUCGAAAUAUUUUUGUAUGCCAGUAUAUUUCUGAUCAUAAAUUGUUAAUCGAAAAUAUGCAUAGUACAUGACAAAUUACCGAUUUAUUUCACGCCUCCAAAGGAUAAUGUUUAUUUUUAAACAUAAUUUGAAGUCUUUUUGGAUACUAUUGUAGUAAAAAGAAUCGAUUAAAUAAAUAUUAUGUUGGACGUCAAAAUUUUUGAUAGCAAAGUGACGAAAUAAAUAAUAACAUUUGACAAAAUAAGCUGUUUUUUAUCAUGUCGGGAAAGUAUUAACUAAGAAGCUUAUUAAAUGUAACUGCUGAAAAAUUCUUGAAUUUUUUUUCAAUUAAAUAUUUUCUUUCUACCAUAAUAGAAUAUCUAACUGGCUGGACUUUAACCGGACUGCAAUUCUGGACUAAACCCCGACCGAUAAAAUCGUGAAUUUAGUCCACUUAUCGAAUUUGAUAUGUUUUAUUAAAUUUACGAUUAAACGCUU